AUGGAAAGCGUAUCUGCUUUCCCCUACCUCACAACCGACGAGUUUAGCAAGGCUUGCGCGCACAUUCAACCUCUGCUCUCCGAUAGCGCCCUGCUCGCUGAUGAGUCCGCAUGUUUGCGCGUUACCCGGCGCUUGGCUGCGGCUUUGGUCGUUAACGCCGAUGCUCAGGAACAUGUUGAUUCGCAUUUCGACACACCAGAGGAUCAUGACGAAGAAGCCAUAGUUAAACAUCCUGAAAACAAUUCGUUUGUCACUGUACAUUAUGACAUCUUGCUCUCUCCCAGCUACAGAGUACCUGUCGUAUACAUGACCGCCAGCCCUCCGCUCCCCGUCUCGAACUUCUUUGACCUUGUUGUACCGCACCACUUCCGAGACGCGAUGCGUGAAACUGGAGUCAUGGGCGCCAUUUCUAUGACGGACCAUCCUUUGACAGGGAUGCCGGCGUACUUUGUCCACCCUUGCCGCACUGCAGACACCAUGUGCGCCACGAGGUCUGGAGACAUUCAUGUUCAAGAUUAUAUGCUUCUCUGGCUGGGAAUUGUUGGAGCAAGCGUGGGCUUGAAUGUGUCGAGCACAGAUUUGCGCCGUGCUGAUUGA